UCAAACAAAUCGUAAACAUUCCUCGAAAACGGCGGUCGGUUUUGGUGCGCGAGCUGUGGAUAAACGAUUUUAUUUUACAAUUUUACCAACAAUUAUUUACUCGAAUCCCUCUGAAAGCUUUGAUUGAGUUCCAGCACCGUAGAUAUUAUAAAGUUUAGUUUUUGACGUGGAAAAUGUGGACGAAUUUCGAGCUGGUGUCGGUCGAAGAUGAAACGCUGAACAGUGCCUUCUGUACCAACGGCUUGUUCCGGAUUUCCAGUGAUGAACAGGUUCAAACAAACCCUCGUGUAACCGGUAUUCUGCAAAAUCGGCGCAUGAUCCUUUCGAUCGACAAGGCGUUGGUGCUGUUUCAGGAUGAGAAUCGUUGCAACGAAGGAAACAUCCUGGACGUGUCGCACGACAUCGAGUGUAUUGCCGCAUCCGAGAGUGGCGAUCUGGUGGUUUGCGGUUUGUCCAAUGGAACCAUAACCGGGUUCCAUGUGCGUGGGGCCAAUUUGUUUAGUUUGGGAAUCCAUCCGGAUGAUUGUAAUCCUUCAGGGGACACGUUUGCUGAAAUUCGUCAAGUGAAUGGCAACUAUUACGUCCAGUGUAAUCGAGGCCCGGUGUACCAGAUUCUGAUUGACGAGGUCAAGGUCAAUGAUACCAUGAAGCAGCUGGACUGCAGCGGUAUGGAUGGAACCUUGAAUUUUGAGGAUUGCGUCGUGGUGAAUCGGAUUCUGGAAAAGCACCUGCGCGAACCGAUUACAAGCUUUGUGCCGCUGACUAGCUACGAAUUGGGAAGCGAUUUGUCCUAUCCGCUGAUGAUGUCCACCAGUGCUGAAUCGAUCUACUUCCAAGGCGCGGACGGAUUUGAAAAGAUCCCAUUGAAACCGGAAUAUUGCGGAAUUAGGAAGGUGCUGAACUUGGUUCACUGCUACAUUGCAUUGACCAACAGCGGGCAGAUAUUUGAGAUUUCGCCAAUCAUUCGAUUGAAUUCCGAUAUUCCGCUUCCGUACAAAAUAGACGACAUAAUUAUAAUGGAAUGUACGGUAGACGUUAUUGAGUUGCUGUUGCUAACCAAAGCGGACGUAAAUGGCACCCGGUUCAUGAAGAUUGUGGAUUUCCCAUCAAUGGAGUGCAAGUACGAGUUGGACAUGAGCGAGUAUGUUUGGCUGGUGCAGCAACCGAAAAGCGCCGUCAACAUCUACUACAUAACCGGAAGUCCUCACGACAAGCAGUAUGUGCAAGAGGUCGAAAUGAAGAUCCUGUCCGAAACGCAGCCCUCGCUUCGGCUGGACAAACUCAUCCGAAAGGGACGUCUCGAGGAAGCGGAAGAAUUCGCAAAACAGUUCGAUCUUAGUCUGCAACCGAUCCAUCAGGCGAAAGUACGCAGCUUUCUGGCUCAAUUGGCCACCAGCAAACAUCCGGACGGAGACGAACAACGGCAGACCUUCGCGAGAAUGAUGGACGUUUUGAACAUGGUUGAAGAACCCUCGUUUUUCGUUACGGUCCGGAUGGCGGCCAUCCCGGAGCGAAACAUGAAACGACAGUUUCUGCGGUUUUUGCUGGAUAAAGUUGACAAAUCCUGCCAUGAAGCAACGGAAAUCAACGAGCAACUGCUCCGGUUGGACACCCUCAAGCUCAUCGAUCCCUACGAAGUGGACUCCGAGUGGCAAAACUUCAUCUACCACCGGAACCUGACCAAGCACUGCAUAGAACUGUUCAAAACGGACAUGCCAUCGGCUUGCCUUAUCUGGUCCCGGCACAUUUCGUCCAUCAUCCUGAACAUGGAUGCACUGAAAAUCACCAGUCUCUUGAAAUCCAUCCCGGAGGACACUCCCCCGCUGGAUCUGAUCCAGUGGCUGAUGCAUUUUGUACCACCGAUUCUACAACAUCUGCCCCAAAUGAUGCGCAUUCUGGUAACCUUUGUCAUUGGCAAAACGAAGGCCCUCCAGUUUGCCCCCUUUUGGCCGAAGGUUGGCCUGACCUUCAUCGAUGACGUCAUCGCCAUCUUCAAGGACGUGAAAUUCCCCAUCAUGGACAUGCGACUGCAAUACGAAACGAACAUGGAAGAGAUGCAGCAACUCAGUGACGCCCUCAAGGAUCUGACUCUUCUGAAGGAGAAAUUUAACCUGAGUGCAAAUAUCGACAAUUUUCUUCAGGAAACCAAGGAGCACACCGCCUUCCGGUUGUUACAGACUGUGCAACUCUCGAACCUCAAACGCAUCGUGGUUGAGUUCCUCUAUCCUAUGUUCGUUGCCCAGGAAACGCAGCUUCAGAACUCUAUCAUUCAGUACAUUCAAUUCCUGAUAUCGAACCAAAACAUCAGUUACUGGGAAGAAAGGUGCGUUAUUUUGGUUGAGGUAAUCCACAACGAAGACAUCAAACUGAACUGCAUCCUGGAUGUGCUGAAAGCAUCGCCCGUUCCGUGGUCUCCGGUCAUAACCCCGCUGGUAAAAUACGCCAACUCGGACCAUCCGAUCGCCGGACGAAUUCUCAUCGAACAGCGGACGCAAAUCGUCAAGAUAAUCAAGGUGAAAUACGACUGGCCAGUGAAAAGUCAGGACUGUCUAAAAAUGCUUGCGAAACGGGUGCUGAAAAUGCGCGACCCGAACAUGUUGGCCGACAUCAAGGAACUGACGGAUUCGGCACCGGAAAUUGCCUAUGCCGUCGAUAUGGAUGUUAUGCUGCGCUUGGCCGAAUACAACGAGUUUGUGCCGGCUGUGCGGUAUCUCGAUGCGCUUGACGAUCGGCGAAGGCAGGAGUGCAGCCAAGGAGUGGUGGAUACCGUUAUUCGAAUUCUCGACAAUGGCACUACCGCGGACCCGUGUACAGAUAAUUACGUUGAGUUGUUACAAUUGCUUAAAUCUCGAUGCCCGUCAGUUAGACAAUUCGAAGCCCAUGAGAUGCUGCACAUCAUGACUCUUCGCCGGGAAUUCCGUUUGGAAGUGUGCCGAGAGCAGCUCAACAACGAUGCCGACCGUCAGAAACUGCUUCUGGUGGGUAUUAACAACCUUCUUCUUAAAAUAAAGGACGAUCGCGACAGGUUCGUCCCGGCCUUGCUCGGUGGCAUCAAGCGACUGACACAAGCUCUGAUGUUCGAUCUUUUGGAAGGUCUCUACGAGGUCUUGAAAUUGAUUGGAAACGUACAUGUCACUUGCGCUGUGUUGGCAAAGGUCACGGAAAUAAUUGAUCCUGGAUGCGAGACGCACGACGACCUGCAUCGGUUGGUAGUUCUGCUGUUGGUACAGCAAAUGCGCUACUUUGAAGAGUCCAGCUCAAACUGGGAAAUGGAUCCGUUGGCAUAUCCACUGGCGGAUAAACUGCUAAGGAGUUGCUACGACGAAUCAACAUUUAGCGGAAUAGUUAAGCUGGAACUGUUGCGGUGGGUUCAACUGGGAAGCCACCAUUAUGAUGUCGACGUGCUGAAAGAAUGUGGCAAACGAACAACUUUGCCGGAGAAGGUGUUCAAGAAAAUUUUCGAGGCUUCCGAUGGAAAACAAGCACCGGCUAGAAGAAGCCACAAACGGGACUCCCUGUCGACUUUCGAUAUGAUACACACCAAAGAUGAUGCGACGGAAGUGACCAAACAUUUAGAUGACCAAGAGACGAUCAUCAAGGCGAUCGGCCAGGCGUUGGUUGUCAUAGUGGGAAGCUUGAAAACGGAUUGCAUGGAACCACCACACCGAUACUUCCACGAACUGCUGGCUCCGAUCGACGUGCAGGACGUUGCAGCCAAUUUCCAAACCACAUUGGAAUCCUUGAUCAAGCACAAGAAGUAUCCGGCUGCCAUGAAGCUCGUCGAAUUGAUCUUGUCUUACCAAGAUGAUACAGGUGUUGUGAUUCCGGCUGAUUUCGCUGAAAAUUUGCGACGCAAAUCGCUUAAAUUUUUCCUAUCCCAGAAGGAACCGGAUUAUAGCAUGGCUGUUUCCAUCCUGUUUCAAUGCACAUCACGCGAUAAAUGUCUGGAAUAUUUGCGAACUAACAUGGUGAAUGAGUCUCAAAGGGCUGCAUUCCACACGUUGCUUGAGUUCUACUAUAUCAACAUCGGCGAUAUGGAGCGAGCAGUUGAAGAACGAGGUCAUCGCAUGCGUUUCAACUUCUUCUAUGAACUGUGCAAACUUGACCCUACCUUGAAGGCUAAAAAAGCACUUCCAUUCCACAGUAUAUCGGAUCUUACGAAGGAAAUGAAGAGCAAAGUGCUGAGCGUAGAACUGCUGCGUAAAAUGAGCGAGAACUUCUCGUGGGACUAUCAACAGGUACUGGUGUCCCAGGUCAUUACCGUGCUGAGCAUGCAAGAGCUCGAGUUCGAAGUACAGCAAGAUCCAUUUGGCAAGGAGGUGGUGGCCAUCAAAACGACUGUCGAUGAAAUCUUAAAACAAUGCCAACCGUACAUCAACGAAAUAACAAAUCACGUCUUGUUAAGUACAAAGCUUACCAACUAUUUGGAGCAGAUAAAUUUCUACUUCUACGAGAUGUACCUCAGCGUGCUGGAAAUUUUCUCCCAGAUCAACAUGAUGCAGGAAGAGCUGAUUGUUUGGGAAAGAACGUUGGUUUAUCUUAGGGACGGAUUGACAAUGAAGCGGAAUCAUCGUGCCGGACAAAUCGAGCUGGACGCUUGGCUGAAACUCCAACCAGAUGGCGGUAUGCUUCCCAAGAUUGCCAAGUACCGUCUUCCGUUCCUGUUGCUGGUGCGCCAUCCACUGAAAAGUCUCCUGAAAGAGGAAAUCAGCAUUGAAAAUUAUAAAAAGAUUUUGCUGCUGGUGCAAAUGAAAGCCCCACUGGAAAACAUGGACCCGGUAGAGCUGCAGGACUAUUUCUGUAAAUCGGCGGUUAUCAAUUCCAUUUCUGAGUACAAAAUACAGGCCGACGAGUUGGCCCCGACUGCCGGAUGGCAUCUGCAGCCGGUGAACAACGCCUUCCUUCAAUCGAUCCUUCGUGUGGUGGAUUGCGUUUCAGAUCUAUCGUCGAAGCUGUUCAUUUUGUACUACGUUACGAACAAUGCACCGGAAGGGGCCGAUCAGGUGGAAGCAGCUUACGAGUGUUACAAAUUUGCCUGCCAGAAUGAGGAUGCUUUGGCCAACAAUGCAGAUGCGAAGGACAAAAUGGAGAAAAUCAUUCGUAAAUAUCCAAUUUUCAAAACGCAGCAUCUAUUGUUGCAGUACGGCAUAAACGACGAUAAGUUGUUUGCGUUGAUAAAGAACCCUCGGGAAUUGAUUAAUGCUUUGUACAGCGAAACUCUGCAACGCAAGGUAGACAUUAAUAGUUUGGUAUGCGAGAUUGCUAAACUUCAUCAGCUGGAUAUUGAUGCGAUCCAGGUUAGCUUGAUUCAGAAGUGGCUUUCCAUCUUUGGAUCCAGCAACGACUCGGACGGUAAUAUGGAAGAGACUCUGUACGAAGAUCACAACAUGUCGAUCGAUGCCUCCGAUGUUGACGUAUCUGCCGAUGAAUACGUUGCCCGAGCGCAUUACAUUCUGAAAAGUUGGGACAAAGAGAAGAGCGUCUCGUUCCUGAUAACUCAGCUUUGCACAGGUGAUUCCGGAGUGGAUGCCAAAAAGCAGCUCCAGAUCUAUGACUGCUUCAGCAAAUUGAUCGACGAUCGAUGCAGCGCGUACGUUGAUGCGUUCAAUCCGAACCAGUACAUCGUGUUGAAGUGUAUUUAUUUUCUGAAAUCGCUUGGAUUCACCAAUCUGACCGUGAGCAAGUUCGAAGAAACAGAGAAAAUGACUCUUCUCAAGCGGCUCUGGCAAUCGCAUGCCACUUCCUCCAAGGGCUUAGAGGUAAUCGCCUACAUCUGCCUCGGUUAUGAGCUCUUUGUACCGCAGAUUUGGAACGGUGUGCUGAAGCAAAUGGCUCGGACCAACAUGAUAAGUCAUCUUACCAUGUUGUUGGAUAUCAUAUCGGCCCGUGAGCAGCUCACCAACUUGGAAGGAUUUCGAAUGGCUUGGGAGGCGAUAAUCAAAGCCCCAUUCCGAAACGCUAGUCGCGUUAGAUCGUUCGACGAAGAUGCAACUUUGGCAAAAUCUUUGAUUUUACUUCAGAAAUGUCCCAUUUCUUCGUCCUUGAAUCUGCUGGACAUUGCCGAGGUUUGCAUCAAUGCCAACCGACUUAACAUGGCGGCAGUUUUGAUUCCCUACGCCAAUGACGACCAAAAGGAAUCGCUGAAAAAGCUUGUUUCGAACAACAUGGAACCCACGUUACGGCAGCAAAUUUUGGAACUGGAAGAAUACGGCGUGGCCUCUGUUAUAACCAAAGCCGUGUGUAGUGAACUUAAUCUGAACAAGUAAUCGUUUCUCUCUCGUUCUCUCUUAAUGCUAACAUCAGUUAUUCGUAAGACCGGUGCUCUAGAGCCAAUAUGAAGAUAUUUUUGAACCUAGGUUAAGUUUUAACUAACACAAGAUAAACUACUGAGUGAAACAUUUCAAA